AUGCAUAUUAUCAAACCUUCAUGGUUGCGACAUAGUGGGGAGCAAAAGGAUUUCGAGGUCUACAGCUGCCACAUUUCCCCCGAUGGUUCGCGACUCGCCACCGCCGGCGGAGACGGCCAUGUCCGUGUCUGGUCGACCAAAGCCAUCUUCAACGCCGACCAUCCGGAUCACGGCAAACCACGACAGCUUUGCCACAUGAGCCACCACUUGGGCACCAUCCAUUCCGUCCGAUUCUCCCCGAAUGGCCGUUACCUCGCUUCUGGCGCCGACGACAGGGUCAUCUGCAUUUACCAACUCGAUAGCAACCCACCUUCGCAUACAGCAACCUUUGGCACGAACGAACCCCCGCCUGUUGAAAAUUGGAAAACACAUAAGCGCCUCGUCGGCCACGACAGCGAUGUCCAGGACCUCGCCUGGUCAUACGACAACUCGAUCCUCGUUUCCGUCGGGCUAGAUUCCAAGGUGGUGGUAUGGUCGGGACACACUUUCGAGAAACUGAAGACCAUCGCCGUGCAUCAGAGCCAUGUUAAGGGUAUCACAUUCGACCCCGCCAACAAGUUCUUCGCGACGGCGGGCGACGACCGACACAUCAAGAUCUUCCGCUUCACCCCGCCCCCGCCGAACGCAACCCAGCAUGACAUGGUCAACAACUUCGUCCUCGAGACAACCAUCAGCGCGCCGUUCAAGAGCUCGCCGCUUACGACAUACUUCAGGAGAUGCAGCUGGUCGCCAGACGGGAACCACAUCGCCGCGGCCAAUGCAGUCAACGGGCCGGUGAGCAGUGUUGCCAUCAUUGAGCGCUCGAGAUGGGACAGUGAGAUCAACCUGAUCGGCCACGAGGGGCCCACCGAAGUUUGCAUGUUUUCCCCCCGCCUAUUCCAUACACAGAAACCCAGCGACAACGCGACCGAUAAAGGCUCGCCCGGCCUGGUAACCGUCAUAGCAUCCGCAGGGCAGGACAAGACAUUGAGCAUAUGGAACACAAACACCUCGCGGCCCGUGGUUAUUCUGCAGGAUGUGGCAUCCAAGUCCAUGUCCGACCUCGCUUGGACCCCCGAUGGUCAGACGUUGUUCGCCUCGAGCUUAGACGGCACCAUUCUCGCCGUCAAGUUUGAGAUGGGCGAGUUGGGUUGGGUGGCAACCGCCGAGGAGAACGAUAAGGCAUUGCAAAAGUACGGCGGGUCGAGAAAAGGGAUGGGAACCGCUGAAGAUGUCGACGGUUUACACCUUGAGAAUCACAGCAAAGAGGGCGAGCUGCGCGGAGCUGAGUCAAGGAUGGGUGCGCUGAUGGGAGAUUUUCAACCCGAGGACAAGGGCAAGCCAGUCACAACGAACGGCUCAAGGCCAACGGCCAAGAAUGGUGAGGCGAAUGGCACGACAGAGCCAAAAGAGAAGGAGGCCCCAAAGGCAGCGCCGGCCGAGGAAAAUGUAGAGAAGACGGCCGAAAGGAUAGCGGAACUGAAGUCGCGAGUACAGGUCACCAAGGACGGCAAGAAGAGGGUGGCGCCAUUACUGGUCUCGUCAUCUGCCACCGGCCUUUUGUCAUUGCCUCAAUCACAACUUGUCGGCGCGAAGUCGACCAAAACAACCCAGAGCGAUACACCGCAAACCAUACUAGACCUGUCCAAACCAUCCCACGGCCUGCCGAGAGGCGGCAUAGCCGCCAUGCUUUUAGGCAACAAGCGGAAGGCCGCUGCCAUGGAGGGAGAGGAGGAGGACGAGCUCGCGGGCAGGCGGCCUUCAGCUGGACCCGUGCCGAUUCUAAUUGACACCCCUGAAGGGUUAGAACCCGCUCCCUUGAGCGCCCCUGCUCAAGGCGUUGUACCGACUCCGGAGUACCUCCGGCCUGCCGUCAUAAGUCCGGCCAUCUCCUUCUCCCAAACCAGACUGGCCGUGCCCAAGGUGCGAUCACACAUUGUGAGGCCCCUGGAGAAGGGCGUUCUCCAAGGAGAAUCGACCCUCGACGAAGCGUCCAAAGUGCCAGAGAAUAUCGUCCUCGAGGCCAAAAACCCCAUCAGACUCCGCGAGCCCGCCCACAUCUCGGCCUCCAAACGAGGCGCCCGCCUGUGGCAAGACUACCUCCCACGCGCCAUCAUUCUCGUAACCGGUAACAAACACUUCUGGGCCGCCGCUUGCGAAGAUGGCUCCGUGCACACCUGGACCCCUGCCGGCCGCCGCCUCCUCAAUGGCAUCAUCCUCGAGUCCCAGCCCGUUAUCCUGGAAUCCCGUGAGCAUUGGCUCCUGUGCAUUACCUCAGUUGGUCUCUGCCACGUCUUCAACAUCAAAACCAUGUCCGCUGCCCACCCGCCUGUUUCCUUAGCGCCCAUCCUCGACAUCGCCAUCACCUCCCUCUCCCUCGAGGGCCCGACACCCGCUCCCGGGGUCACAUCCGCACACCUCAACAGCGUCGGCGCUGUCGUCGUCACCCUCAGCAACGGGGACGGUUUCUAUUACUCCUCCACCAUGUACGCGUGGCAGCGCCUCUCAGAAUCCUGGUGGGCGCUGGGCAGCCAAUACUGGAACAGUAACGACUCGUCCAUCAGCGCGCUGUCGACGACGGCCGUGGGGCCCGUGACGGCCAAGAACAUAAACGGCACCGCAUCCUCCACAACCACAACCACAACCCCGGACAAGCCAGACACCGCCGCAACCGCCGAGGUCGGCGUUUCGGCGGGCAUCAUCCCGCACCUCGAGCGCCACACCACCAGCGAGUUCCUGCUCAAGGGCCGCGCCUUCACCCUACAGCGCCUCAUCAAGACCCUGCUCUCCAAGGACGGCUUCGAGGGCUUCGAGAGCACCGUCAGCGUCGCUCACCUCGAGAACCGCAUCGCCGGCGCCCUGGCCCUCGGCGCCCGCGAGGAGUUUCGUCUCUACCUGUUUAUGUAUGCGAAGCGCAUCGGGGCGGAGGGGUUGAGGGGUAAGGUGGAGGAGUUGUUGAAUUGCUUGGUGGGGGGGUUGUUGCAGCAGAAGGGGGCUCCUACCAAUGGUGGUGGUGGGAGUGGGGAGGCGAAGGGGUGGUUUGGGAAAGGGGAGAUGCUGGGUGGGUGGGAGAGACGGGAGUUGUUGAAGGGGGUUGUUCUUAUUCUGGGCAAAUUCCGCGACCUCCAGCGGCUCACCGUCCAGUAUGCUCGCAUCUUGGGGCUGACUGCCGACGGCGAGGAUGAGGAGAAUGAUGAUAAUAACGGUGGAGGUGGCGGCGAGAAUGGCGCGGUGGCUGAGGAGAUGGAGUUGGAGGAGCAGUAG